AUGGCACCUCCCACUGACGGUCCGAAUGGACACCUGACUCCCCCACUCAGGGUCUUUAUGAAUGAACAUACCUCAGAACCCCACUGGGCUCUUUACGGCGCAGAAGGUGGUUCUCCUCGGGCGACUGGUGAUAACGAAAACACAUUAAAGUUCCACUUUGUUACGCACGUGCGGGUGCAGCCAUAUGACCCUGCUGACCCCGUUGAGGGGCAUCAGAACUGCACACUGGAUGUUCGUGGGAUCAAAUGGACGCUGCCACCUGGGUAUGCCGUCGGCCUCGCCACGGGCUAUAAGAAGGAGAAAGAGUUGCACGUGCACCAAGUUGAGGUCGAGCUUGAAACUUGGUUGACUUUGGACCAGCUACAACGUUUCAUAGCAGGAGGAGCGGCAGUGGAAGUUCCGGAAUGA